AUUAUCUUGAGUUCUCAGAGUCCCUCAAACUCAAAGUUUGGGCUGGAGUAGGUGAGAAGCCUUGCGCUGCAGUAGUCUGCGUACCUUCAGAUAUCAUAACUCAGCGAUAACUAGUGCGCAUCGAGCAGCUCAUACUGAUAAGCGAAAGGAAACAAGACAAUCAACCCCGCGUGCCCAAAUUCACCGCGGCCGUUGGCGUCCUGGCUCACACCGCCACGCCUGGCCGGCGUUUCACACAACGCUUGCACCAAAAGCAAGUGCCUGCCUUCGGUCAUCGCGCGCCAUGCCACCGCGGCACGGGCAUGGCAGUGCUGCGCUGUGGCUGCGGUAGCCGCGCUGUCCGGACAGCUUCACAGCUUGAUGCCGAAAGGCUACGGGCCGCAGCGUCUUGUAUCCUUCACCGAGGCCCAGGAUGCUCGCCAGCACGCGCAGGUGCCGCACUUGCCGGCGUUGCCUCCCGGCUUUCAGGCGUCUGGCGGGUCCAGCAUAUCCACACUGGGCUCGCCUGGCAGUGCCGUCAACCACUCUAGUCGGAUGUCGCAGCAGCAACCACUAGAGCGAGUCAUCCUGGGCGAGCUCUCGCCGGAGAAAAAGCCCCUGCCCGCAGCAGCGGCUGCGCUACGCGCCAUUGAGCGAGCGCACCGCGCCGCGCGCGCGGCAACUCGCUCAGCCCGGCAGCAGAAGGACGGCGUCGUUGCCAGCCCCGCUGGUUUUCCUGUCUUGCAUGACGGGCUGGACCUGUUCCGCGCCCUCAGCGGCCGCUGGGUGCCAGGGCCGUGGGGCGGGCCGGAUGAAGACCAGAACAUGGAUCAGCCAAGCGCAGGUGGCAGCGGUUCGGGCUCUCCUCGUGCAGCGGCGGCGGCCGCGGACGUGGCAGCUGUUGCAGAUACAGCUGGACAGGCGGCCGCCAGUGGCGCUGGCACAGGUCAGGCUACGGCAAUGAAUGAUGGUGUGACGCAAACAAGCCGACAGAACACGGAGGACGGCAGUGGUGCAGAGGCGCGGCGCGGCACGGUCAGCGCCAGCGGUGGCGCCAGCAAACGCGCUUCGGGGACAGGGGCCGGCUCCAAAGCGACGGAAAUGAGCGGGUUAGCAAGCGUGGAGGAAGCGCCCGGGGCACAGGAGGUAGAUAGAGCAGCAGCAGCAGCGGCAGCUGAGGCACAGGCGGCGGCAGAGGCAGAAGCGGCGGCAGACGCGAAAGCAGCAGCUGCAGCACAGGCGGCCGCAGCGGCAAAGUCAAAGGCAGUCGCAGUAGCGGCAAAAGCGGCCGAGGCUGAGGCUGCGGCGGCGGCAGCUGCAGCAGAAACUGCAGCAGCCGCGGAGAAAGCGCGGCUAGAACGCGUCACAAUGCCGGACAGCUCUGCGAGAGUCACUGGCAUGCCAGGAGGCGACGGACUGUCCGAGUGGCUGGCCGCCCGCCUGCGGCCUGCGAUACCCAAGCCGAAGAUCCCAAAGGCGCCCGCAACCACAGCGUUUCUCGCCGCCGCAGCCGCGGCUGCGUCUACGGGCGUCACGACCGACAGCACUGUGCAAGCGCCAGCAAACGCACCAGCGGCUUCGCUCAGACCGUGCGGUCCGGGGGCGUCAGCUUUGCAAGCCGCGGCGCGCGCGGGCGUGCAAGAGCGCUUCUUGCCAGCUGUAGCGCCUGCGUCGGCAGCAAAGCCCAGCUUGCACAUCGCCGCGCCGCGGGGCCGUGAGGCGCUGCUGGCGAGAGGUCCGGGUGUGGGGCUGAACAUGGUUGCCGGGACGGGGACCACUUGGUCUGGCGGCUACGGCUACGGCUCUAGCAGUUUCGGCGCGGGCUCCUACGGCGGCAGCGGGUACGGGGGUCGGGCGGGCGCACGACCAACGGGCCGCAUGGGCGGCAGCGCGGACAGCGUGUUGGCUUACGGCAGGGAGAAAGGCGGUGUCGGCAACGGCAACAGGACAGGCGCGCGGCGUUGGGGCGGCCGGGACGUAGGCGCCGACCCGCUUACAAGCCUGUGGUUUUGACCCGCAGCCCGCGCCAUGUAUUUUAGAAAAUUUCGUGAGUACGGUUUGAUGCCGCACUGGGUUGCCAUGUGGACAUUGACUGCCCUACUGUUGGUCCCUGCCUGUUGUGCUGCCGCAUAAAUUGUGCGCACGGAGCCGGUUACUUGCCUAUGGGUACUGUCUAUACUGUGUAGCAAUGAUGAGGCAUACGCCAUCAUAUAAUGCAGAACCAAAGAAGUUGGAUGUGGGAUUAUAAUGCGAAGAAGUUUACGCUACUCAUGACAGCUGCCCCACAACACUUCUUAUGAAUGCCUUGAUUGCAAUGCGGCGUCGGUUGAUAGUUGGUUAUUGAAACCUUAGUGCCAUGCGGCGUCUGGGUGAUAGUUGGUUGGCGAUCAGCGGAUCGAGUAGGCCGAUGCAUGGAUGCAUGGCGGCAUGGGUCGAUGUAGUGGUAGGCACUGGUGCAAGUCGCGUGUGCUGGAGCACCAGAGCAAGAGGGUAUCUUGGUGGCGGGUCUUGCGGCAGGCACGAAGGCAGACGGACGGGGCCCUGUACUGUGCCGCGGGCCGGUGCACACUUCAGGUGGUGAGGAGCAUAUGUUUAACAAGCUCCUGGGGCUCUCCGUUCGGGCUCUCCCACAUAACAGUGCAUGUACACGCAAGUCGAAGUUGUGGCCCUGGUGACCUGGUCGCUGUCCGCAAGUACUGGAACGGGCACAAUAGCUCUUCACAUCAGCUAUGGGCCCGUGACUCGUGUCCGUCAGAGAGCAUUUUACUGUUACAGAAGAUCGCCCGGCAUGAAAGUAGGCACGUGCAAUGUCGGCGUGAUCCUACGUGCAUGCCCGGACGACUACAAGUCAAAACACGAGUCAGGGUAUGUGCCGACAUGCGAUUGCGGCAUCGCGGCGUGGACCAUAUCCAACCAGCACCUGCCGUAACACAUCCCACCACCUUGCAAUCCGCACACAUUGAUUGAGUUCUGUACUUUGAGCGGCUUGCCGCCAUGUAAGCCACCCCCUCC